AUGGCGAUGAUUAAGACCUUUACAAGCGAAAUCAUGUUAACCCUCACCAUUCUGUUUUACUCCGAUACUUUUCACGCGGCGUCGUUAGGACCACACAGAUAUGAACCGAGCGCGUAUAAAGAAAACGCAUACAACUAUCCUGAUCCCAAUAUGAUUAAAGCUCUGGAAUUCAUCGAAAAUUUACGGCAAAAUAACGAAGGCGUGCCGGUGCCAGACAAUGAAGCGAAUGGAGCAUUCCGUCAAUUUCAAGAACCACUCUUUAAAAAGUUGGAGGAAAACGAUCAAGAGGAUCAACAGCUGGACAACACCAGGGAAUCCUCGGACGAAGGCAGGGCUGAGUGGGCCAGGCUUUUACUGCAAGCUAUGAUGCAAGCAGAAGGCGAAUCCAGGGCGAGCGGCAAGCCGUACAGAGCAGGAGCUUGGUAUCAUAACCGGGAGGAGGAUGCAAUGGAGGAUGGAGGUAACCAACAAGGCGACGAUGAUGAAUUAUUUGCACGUGAUAUGAAUGACAGACUGUCAAGGAAACACCAUAUUGCCUUUCCGGAGGGCGGCUACAAUGUCAAUCCCUAUAAACGCACCAAUGAAAUAGUAGAAGAGCAGUACACACCACAAAGCCUUGCGACCCUGGAGUCCGCCUUCCGCGAACUGGGCAAAUACACAGCCCCGCACAAGGAACGGGAAAGAUUAGAGGAAGAGCAUUUUCGUAAGGAAGAGGAGGAUGAUGUUUCCCGGGCCAGUGAUUUUGCUUAUGAAGACGUGGCGGACGGAGAAGACUGGAAUUCAAUAGAAAUGAAGAAUAGGCACCGCCAUAAAGAGAUACAGUUUCAGGAUGAGGAAACGGACACCGACGCAGAGCCGGAGGGAGCAGCUUAUAAUGUUAAGAAGUCUUUGCCCACUGAGGAUGAGGUCGACUUGGAUCAUCCCGAUUCCCGAGAGAAAGUGACAAGGGAGAAAGAUGGUGGAGGCGAGAAGGCAGACGCCGCGAUGGACUUGAUGCUACAGUAUUAUAAACAGCUGCAGGACAGAAUGUACGAAAAGCAGCCCGAAAUGGCCGUUAGGAAUGCAGGCGAAGACAGGAACGUAGAAAGUGAAAAGGUGAUUAAGGCAUCGGAAGAUGACAUUGAGCCAGGUCUCCUGAACCAGUUUGUUGAACUGUCCGGCAGACUUCAAAUACCACCGGAUGACAUUCUCAAAAUGCUAAAGGACGCAGAAGAAAAGAAACAAGCGCCCAGAGCCUCCCUGGCGGAGAUCGACCCCGAGUUCCCGGACAGCCUUCGCGACAGCUCGGAAAUGGACGCGCGUCGGGAAGGCAAAAGAUUCAGAGAAGGUUACAACAACUUCGCUCAAAACAACGAGGAUGCAGAUCUCACCGCAGAGGACAUCCUGAACAUCCUGGGGACGGGUGAUAGGAUGUACGAGAAGCCCGAGUAUUUCCGUAAAGCAGAUCAGCUGACAAACCGUCCGUCCGCACUCUAUGUCCCAUUCCCGAAUUAUCAAGGGUAUCGCAUUCAGGAUUCGUUGCGGAACGGCAAAGGCUUGGACCAAGAAACGGCCGACCGAGCCGUCGACAUCGACGACGACGAACUCGCCAGGUACCUGGAGAGGCUGCUGGUCAAGUACCCCGAUCUGCUGAAUGCAGGGGGCAGCCCGCGGGCUAGAAUGCCUUCAUCGGCUGAUGAACAAGCGGAGGCAGACAACUAUCAAAAUCCCGUCAAAGAGUUGCUGCGCGGUAUCAGCCCCCACGAAGCUGGCGAGGUUAUGUCAGUCAUAAACGGCCUUUCGAGUUUUCCGGAGAACGGUCACCGCGCCCCUCGAAGGCAACAGAAAGCGGAAGAUGCUGCGGCUGUGAUUCUCAAGUUAAAGGAACUAUUAAAUCAACAGAACAGCGACUUGGAUCGUGCCAUGAAGGAACCAAACAGAGAAAUCCUGGCUCAUGAGCUGUAUUAACGAAGAGAAUAAUUUGUAAACAGAAAAAUGUCAGAUUGUGAUAAAAAUUAAAUACAUACGCAGUUAAGAUUUCUAUCGUAAAGAUCCAUGGACAAUGACAUGAUAACCAACUUCUUGUGGAGAAUAGGUCGUUGUCACGGCUUCACGGUAAUUUUUUUUGGUUGUUAAAAUUACUUAUUACUUUUCAUGAUGAGGCAGUUUUAGAAGUCAUGUUGACAUACCUGUUCUUGGCUGAAACUAUCCCCAUCAUGCAUGGUUAAGCCUUGGUAGCA